CUGUGAUUGGUUGCGGGGAGGGCUGGGGUUCCAUGCGCUGACUAGUUGCUGGCUUCGUGCGCGCGCCCCGGCCCCGGCAUGGCUGUGAUGGGGGUGCAGCUGGUGGUGAGCCUGCUUACGGCGAGCAUCAUGCAGAAGAUGUCCCCGCACUGCUCCUUCGCUCGCUGGCUGCUGUGCAACGGCAGCCUGUAUCGCUACAAGCACCCUUCGGAGGAGGAGUUGUGCGCCCUGGCUGGGAAGCAGAAGCCCAAGGCCAAGCGAGACCGGAGGCUGAAUGGGGUCACAGAGGAUAAACCCCUGUCAGUGCCCAGGGACAUCAACCUGCACUUGGAGACCACUCCAGUAACCACAGUGGAUGCUCUUGUGCUGCGCUAUUUCCUGGAGUACCAGUGGUUCGUGGAUUUUGCCGUCUACUCCACCCUCGUCUACCUUUUCACUGAAGGCUACUACUGCCUGGUGGACCCCCAGAAGGAGAUGAAUGUUGGCAUCCUGUGGUGCCUGCUUACGGUCUUCUUCUCCUUCAAGAUCUUCUUCAUGGUGAUGCACCAUUACUUCCGCUCAGAGGAGGGAGGCGAGCGCUCUGUCUGCCUCACCUUCGCCUUCUUCUUCCUCCUCGUUGCCAUGGUGGCACUUGUCGUGCGGGAGGACUACUUGGAGUUCGGCCUCGACUCGGGACUUGCCAAUGUCAGUGAUAACCUGGAGAUUCUCUUAAAGCAGCGAGGAUGGGAAUGGACAGUUCCCAUCACCAAACUGACCUUCAAGCUGGGGCUGGUGGCCCUUUGUUCGUUCAUUGGCGCGUGUCUGACGUUCCCGGGGUUGCGGCUGGCGCAGACUCACCUGGACGCUCUGAAGAUGGCUGCGGACAGGCCAAUGACCCAGAUCCUACUCCAUGCCAGUUUUCUGGCACCCCUGGUCGUGGUGCUCCUGUGGAUCAAGCCCAUUUCCCGAGACUUGCUGCUUCGUGCCCCCAUGGGGAAGCAAACGGUCCAGAUCAUGUCGGACUCGGCCUACAACUCCACACGCCUCUGGACCAUUGUCGCCCUCUGCCUGCUGCGCCUGGCCAUGACGCGCCACCACCUGCAGGCCUACCUCCAGCUGGCAGAGCGCUGGGUGGAGCAGAUGAAGAGGGAAGCUGGGCGCAUCACCGCCCUGGAGAUCCAGCGCAGGGUCACGAGGAUUUACUGCUACGUCACCGUGGUCAGCCUGCAGUACCUGGGCCCCAUCAUCCUCACUCUGCACUGCACGCUGCUCCUCAAAUCGCUGGGUGCCUACUCGUGGGGCCUGUUCCCCGAGCCCCCGCCCGUCUCCCCGGCGGUGGGCGCCGCACCGGCCCGGCCUGCUGCUCCCUCGGCUGAGGAGGAGGGAGGAGAGGACAUGCAGGCCACGGUGGCGCAGAUCACGGGCGUGCUGGGCGCCAUCCUCACCCCGCUUUUCUACCGCGGACUCUUCGCUUUCCUGACCUGGUGGGUGGCCGUUUGCCAAGUGAUCACCAGCCUCUUUGGCCUCUACUUCCACCAGUACCUGGCAGCCUCCUAACCACAGCUGCAGCAGGGCCCAGGGCUACAUGCCACGUGACCUGCAGGGCCCCGUGGGCUACAUGCCACGGGCUGGGGCUGGGAAUAGUUCCCACCCAACGGCUCUCUGCCCUGCGUCCAGCCCCUCUCCUCUCCUGCCUGGGCCUGGGAACGCCAGCUGCCCCCGCUUCGUGUAGAGACAACCGGCCUCCCUGCUGGGACCCGCCUGUCAGGCCGAGGCCGCUGGCUGGUUGUCUGCACCCACCGAAGGGGCAGGAGUAACUUGCCGGGGGUGUUGGCGCAUCAGCGUCUCCCCAGCCUGCAGGGUGGGGGAGGGGCCCCAAGCACAGCAUCUUCCAGGCUAUUUCUCCUCAGCCUGCUUCGGCCGAGCCCCUCCCCCUCCCCCCGCCACGGCAGGGACGGUCUCCCCUACACGGCUUCUUGUGCAUGGGCCACGUUCUCCUGCCGGCCUCCCACCGAGAGCUCAGGUACCCUCGCAGCCAGCGACUCCGGCGCCAGCCUCAGCUUCCUCCCCCACCUCCCACCCCAGAAGGAGCCUGCAGGUGGGGAACAUGAGAUGAUUCAGCUGGGAGCCAGAGACCUAGAGGGCUGGGGGCUCCCGGGACCCGGCGUGGGCGUGGGCGGGCUGGGGGCUCCCGGGACCCGGCGUGGGCGUGGGCGGGCUGGGGGCUCCCGGGUCCCGGCGUGGGCGUUGGCGGGCUGGGGGCUCCCGGCAUGGGCGUUGGCGGGCUGGGGCUCCGGGACCCUGCGUGGGCGUUGGCGGGCUGGGGGCUCCCGGGACCCGGCGUGGGCGUUGGCGGGCUGGGGCUCCGGGACCCUGCGUGGGCGUUGGCGGGCUGGGGGCUCCCGGGACCCGGCGUGGGCGUUGGCGGGCUGGGGGCUCCCGGCAUGGGCGUUGGCGGGCUGGGGCUCCGGGACCCGGCGUGGGCGUUGGCGGGCUGGGGGCUCCCGGGACCCGGCGUGGGCGUUGGCGGGCUGGGGGCUCCCGGGACCCGGCGUGGGCGUUGGCGGGCUGGGGGCUCCCGGCAUGGGCGUUGGCGGGCUGGGGCUCCGGGACCCUGCGUCGGCGUUGGCGGGCUGGGGGCUCCCGGGACCCAGCGUGGGCGUUGGCGGGCUGGGGGCUCCCGGGUCCCGGCGCAGUUGCUGACACCAGUGCAGGGUGCUCCCAUGGCACGCUCUGUCCUGCUGUCAAUGGCCACGCAGGGCAAUGGAGGAAGGGGGACUAGGCCUACAAGUGAAAUGGGCCUGACACAGCCGAGCUCUAGCGCUUGGUAUUGCAGGAAGCAGGGGGGUGGGGGGACGCUGAGGCUGGGAAAGGGGGAGAGGACGCUGGCUCAGACUCACGCCUAGAAGCCGGAAUGGAAAUCCACCGGGCAGCAGAGGAGACGGGCUGGCCCCAGCGCAGCCUCCCGCACGGCAGACAGAGCGGUGGCUGCCCCGCAUCCACCCCUUGGCCUGUGUAUCAGGCGCAAUCCAGAUCCCGUCACUUGGGUGCCUGCUGCUCCAGGGCUGGGCCCUUUCGCUGCUCCAGCUCUCGCCAGCAGGACCCCAGAGCAAACCCCAUCCCAGCAGGGAACUUGCAGCCCUUCGCUUGUGCCGGGCCAGGCUUGCACCAGCUGGCCCUGGGCUGGGGUGUCAUGGGCUGCAGGGCACGGUGCAGGUGGGAAAUCACUGGAUGAUUUAUUAGAACAACUCUUUUUUGGUAGCUUUGUUCUUCCACAGCUCGGGUUUGACCAGGGCUGAGGCACUCGCUCCCUGCUGGGGGGAGGUGUUGGACGUUUGCCCCAAUAAAGGCAUAAAUAACAAUUCUCCCUAACACUGUGGGUGUUUGGCAUGGGGUUUCUGGGGCCUGCAUUUGAUUUAAUUUCUCCUCAGGAAAUCAUCCCCCUCCUCUGUGUAAAAUCACCCAGCCCAGUGGCCUUACUGAUUCUGACUUCUAGAAUAAAUGCAACCAGGUACAGGGAUAUUUUAUGAAUAAAUACAUAAAACUGGUAA